AUGUACCAAAUCAGGGCCGUGCAUAUCAGGGGNUAUCCAGUCCUUUGUGCUAUUCCUCGAAGGCCGCCUAAGGAUAUCAUUUUAAGUGGAUACCUCAUUCCUGGGGGUGUGGCCCAAGUCGAGUUUCUUACUCAUGUCAUGGGCCGAAAUGAGAAACUUUUCGAAGAUGCCGAAGCGUUUAGACCCGAAAGAUGGCUGCGCAAGAGAGACGGCGUUCCAACCGACACCGCCAAAGCUUUCUCUUCUAUUCCGUUUGGAUUUGGAACCCGAAUGUGUAUUGGCCGUCGUAUCGCUGAGUUGGAGCUUCAUCUUUUAUUGGCCAGAAUCGUGCAACAAUUUGAGAUUUCUUAUCCUCCUGAUGCGGAGAACGUUGAGCCGUUUGUUCGAGGGGUUACGAUCCCUGACAGAGCUGUGAGAGCCAAGUUUGUAGACAGACAGCAAUUGACAGUUUGA